AACCUUGUUUUUACUCAUUUAAAUUGGUAACCCAACGAACCGAUCGACCGUAAAUUCCUACCAAAGAUUCAUAGAUAAUGGAUAGAGUCUUGGACCAAAUAAAUAUAAACUAGUUUUAUCUAAAGCCGUGAUAAUAACGCGACACGGACAGUUGUGAACCCGUCUUUAAUUUGUAAAAUAAAAUGAUAAUAGCAUCUAGAUCGCAACCGUCUUGUAUAAUAAUAUUAUGAUCUUCGAAAAAGAUGUAUUAUAAUAAUUGAUAUUUCAACAACAAUGUUGUUCGCGCAUUGCACGACGGACGACACGGCAUCCGGCUUCGCGAUUUCGCACGUGUAGAUAACGGGCACUUCGGUUUCACUAGUAAAUAGCUUUUUAUUUCAUUGAAUUCAGUCGCAUCAUUGUACGUCGUACACUCGUGUUUCGACGUCGACUUAUACGAAUCUAAAGAAUUCAACGACGGAAAAAUAAGUUUACCAAUUCGUAUCACAAUAUACUGCACUGACAUACCUGUUGCAAUAACCACAAGGUUGGCUCGUGGCCCUGAAAAAAUAAGAAUUAAACCUAAUGAUAACCAGGAUUUAUUGAUGGGUUCUUUUAGUGGAAGUUCAUCUGAUAGUGAUUUCCAUAUUGAAGAUCAUUAUAGUGAAUAUAUUAAUAGUGAAUCAGAUUCUGGAUUUUUGUAUUGUCUUCUCGUGCGUGAAAGAACCAUAGCGAAUACUUAAGUGAGACUUUGUAAAAUACGAUGCAAUCUGACUGUUGUCUAGUAUAUAAAAGGAGCUCCGAGAGAGAUCACUAUAUUAAUAGCUCGAUUAAUAGUGAAUCCGAUUCUGGAGAUUCAAAUUUCACUAUUGCUGCAGGUUUCAUGACACCCACUGAAGAUAAUUCUAUUAAGGUGAAUUUAAGAAAAAAAGAAGAUAACAUUCAUGUUUGCAGCAUUUGCUUAGGUGAUGCCGGUGAUGAUGUAAAUGAAUUAAUACAUUUUGAUGAAUGUGCUAUAUCAAUUCAUGAAAGUUGCUAUGGUGUUUGUGAUUCUGGAAGUGUAAAUUCAUCCGUUUCAUCAUGUUCUACCAAAUCAUGGUUUUGUGAAGCUAUUGUAAAGCAGGCAUUGAAAAUCUUACUUGUGAAUUAUGUCCUUAUUUUGAUGUACAUGACGUAUUUGUUCAACUGCAGCAUGACAUGCGGGCGUUUCUUAUUCCAGUUUGCGGACCAACACACACAAAAAACCAUGUGAUCAAUAAGCCAUCAAACAUUUUCAAUAUUCCGGGUGACCAUCGUCCACAGCCAUGAUGGGCUAAGCUGACACCGUGGGCUGCUGGUGGCCAAAGAUGCCAGUCAAUCAAAUCCACUACACCAUUUGCUGCACAGUCAUUUUGUUAUAGUAACUAUGUUUUCCUCUCCCCCCUCCCCGCCCAAAAAAAAGCAAGAUUUGUUAGGCCAAUAGGUCAAUAUUAAACCCCGGUAAUCCUGUGGAGACCACCACGAGAAAUGCGGUGUGUCAAUCCCUGAGGGCCGAGCAUUUCCUUUUUAUUUUCAAUGCACUUGCUAUGUGCCAAUAUUUUAUAUUAUUAAUGAAUAUUAUUAAAGAUUAUAAUUGCCUUGUGCCACAAAGUAUAAAUUAAAUUGUAAUAGCCAUGUGCCCAAAAUAUUAUUUGAUGCACCUUCCAUGUGCUACAUUGUUAACUUAAAAUUGGUAUUUAAACUUGUCAGAAUUAUUAGUAU